UCAGGAAAUGCUAGCAAUCCAUAUCCGUUCUAGUCUUUCUAGCUAGUGAAAAUGAAUUACAAGGCUUUCGUUUUCCUCAGUCUUUUAUUUGCAGUCGAUAUUCUGGUCUCUUCUGUGGUGUUGGCUGAGACAUCUAUAGAUGAGAAAAAUCAGGAUAUAAAUCAGCUAGAUGAUGCAAAUGCCAGGUGUCAACAAGGUUGCUGCGGUGGCUAUGGCAGAUUUGGAUGCAUGAGGUGUUGCUCAAAUGCUGUUGAAGCUGGAACCAUGGUAGCCGAACCUCAAAAACCGGAAGCAAACCAUGUAGAUGAUGUAAGAAAUCAUGGUGCUGGCGGUUAUGGAGGAGGGCACGGAGGUGGAGGUGGUGGUGGACAUGGAGGAGGUGGUGGUGGAGGUGGUGGACAUGGAGGUGGACAUGGAGGCGGUGGCGGUGGUGGUGGACAUGGAGGUGGUGGCGGCGGUGGUGGCCAUGGAGGUGGUGGUGGUGGACACGGAGGUGGCGGCCAUGGAGGUGGUGGUUAUGGAGGAGGGCAGGGUGGUGGCGGCCAAGGAGGUGGUACCGGAGGUGGUCAAGGGGGAGGUGGUGGUGUAGGUGGUGGUCAGGGUGGUGGCCAAGGAGGACAGGGAGGCGGUCAAGGUGGUGGCCAAGGAGGUGGUCAAGGUGGAGGGGGUAGUGGAGGUGGCAGCCAAGGAGGAGGAGGUGGUGUAGGCGGUGGCCAAGGAGGAGGACAGGGAGGAGGUCAAGGUGGUGGCCAAGGAGGUGGUCAAGGUGGAGGUGGCUACCAAGGUGGAGGAGGUGGUGUAGGCGGUGGUCAAGGAGGAGGACAGGGAGGCGGUCAAGGUGGUGGCCAAGGAGGUGGUCAAGGCGGAGGGGGUAGUGGAGGUGGCAGCCAAGGAGGAGGAGGUGGUGUAGGCGGUGGCCAAGGAGGAGGACAGGGAGGAGGUCAAGGUGGUGGCCAAGGAGGUGGUCAAGGUGGAGGUGGCUACCAAGGUGGAGGAGGUGGUGUAGGCGGUGGUCAAGGAGGAGGACAGGGAGGCGGUCAAGGUAGUGGCCAAGGAGGUGGUCAAGGUGGAGGGGGUAGUGGAGGUGGCAGCCAAGGAGGAGGAGGUGGUGUAGGCGGUGGCCAAGGAGGAGGACAGGGAGGAGGUCAAGGUGGUGGCCAAGGAGGUGGUCAAGGUGGAGGUGGCUACCAAGGUGGAGGAGGUGGUGUAGGAGGUGGUCAUGGAGGAGGUGGAGGCAGCGGUCAUGGAGGUGGUGGAGGUGGAGGUGCUCAUGGUGGUGGUGGAGGCGGUCAUGGAGGUGGUGGAGGUGGAGGUGCUCAUGGUGGCGGUGGGGGAGGAGGUGGUCAUGGAGGAGGUGGAGGUGGUGGUCAUGGAGGAGGACAUGGAGGAGGUGGCGGAGGAGGAGGCUACGGAGGAGGAAGUGAUGGCCAAGGAAGCAACUACAGUGUAAAUGGAAGGAAGAUGCUGCAUUAAUGCAGACACAUCUCAACCACUUCGACCCUACGUGUUUAAGUGCAGCCAUGCACUCUACUCCCUCUAUAUGUAAUGUACUAGGAUGUAACGUAAUAAAAAUAUGAAUAAUAUGCAUGUGGGUUCUCUCUUUUCUUUCCA